AUGGAACCAAAAAACCUGUUAAUUCUGUCUAUGGUGUGCCUGUGCGCACACGGGCUGUCCUCUGAGACAGACUUUUUCCCCACCAACAUACCUAGUGACAGAAACACCAUUUUUGGGGAUGAGCAAUUGCCAGGAGAGGUUUUCGAAAAAUUAGAUAUCUUUAGUAACACUCAACUGGCGUCCAGAGUCAGCUCAUCGUACAGACUUCCUACCACAACCAGACCAAUCCACUAUGACGUACUAUGGGCCAUUAGUUUUUUGGAAGAUGUUCCUACAAUGAAUGGAACAGUAAGAAUUCAGCUUCACGCCACACAGGCAAAUGUCAACCAAAUAGUAAUUCACAGUGAUGAUUUGACUAUUGAGAAUGUGCAGCUAACUCAAGGCACAACUAUUUUGCCAGUAACUUUUGAAGUUAGCGAACAAAAUCAGCUAUUGAUAAUUACUCUUGCCACUGGAAAUCUGCCCUUUAGCACGAAUCCUGCAAACCCUGUAAUUCAUCAGUUACAAAUUGAGUUUAGAGCUAAUUUAAGGAAUGACAUGUAUGGUAUUUAUAACAAUUGGUUCAGAAACAACGCUACCGAUCAAAUAAGAUACAUGGCUUCAACGCAAUUCCAAGCAACAGCAGCCCGAUGGGCUUUUCCUUGCUAUGAUGAACCGAGUUUUAAGGCUACUUUUAAUGUCACUAUCAGACGUCAAAUUGGCUAUGAAAGUUGGUUCUGCACCAGGCUCAUCGAAUCAGUACCAUCAGAAAAUACCCCUGGAUUUGAAGAUGAUAUAUACCACGAGACUCCUAUAAUGUCUACAUAUCUUUUGGCAAUAAUUGUAGCUCAAUAUGAUUAUAUCAAACUCAACAACUCAGAGGGUCUUCUAACUUACGAAGUUAUUGCCCGGCCAGGUGCCAUAGAAGCUGGUCAAGGAGAAUUUGCAUUUGAGUUCGGCCAAGAGCUUUUAAGCGAAAUGAGCAACCACACAAAUUACGAUUUUUACUCCCAACACCCACAUCUGAAAAUGACUCAAGCUGCCAUUCCUGAUUUUGGAGCAGGUGCCAUGGAAAACUGGGGUCUACUUACGUAUAGAGAAGCUUAUUUGAUGUACGAUCCAGAGGAAACUAACAGCAAUUUCAAACAAAUCAUUGCUUAUAUUCUGUCUCACGAAAUUGCUCACAUGUGGUUUGGUAACCUCGUCACUUGCGAUUGGUGGGACAGCCUUUGGCUCAAUGAAGGUUUUGCUAGAUACUAUCAAUACUUCCUCACAGAAUGGGUCGGAGGCAUGGGCUUUCGUACCCGAUUCAUCACCGAACAAGUUCACACUGCCCUUUUAAGUGACUCUGCUAACAAUCCUCAACCUUUGACCAAUCCAGGUCUCAAUAGUAAUGCUGCGGUUAGCGCUAUGUUCAGUACAAUCAGUUACAAUAAAGGCGCUGCUGUCAUUAGAAUGACUGAACAUCUUCUAGGUUAUGAAGUGCACCGUCAGGGUUUAAGAAACUAUUUAGUAGAAAGGGAAUUCCAAACUGCUGUACCUCUUCAACUAUUUCAACAUCUAGAGCAAGCAGGUAAUGCAAAUGGAGCUCUGAACUACGGCCCCGAUUUCUCCUUCAUCGAUUACUAUAAAAGCUUUACUGAACAACCCGGGCAUCCCGUUCUAAAUGUUCAGGUCGACCAUAGAACCGGUCAAAUGCGUAUUUACCAGCGCCGUUUUAACAUCAACACUGGCUACUCUACCAUCGGUAACAAUUACAUUGUUCCCAUUACUUUCGCCUCAGCAAGCAAUCCAAACUUUGAAAACACCAAGCCUACACACAUCAUCUCUCAGGCUAUCAGUACCAUCAACCGCGGAUCUGUUGGCGAUGAAUGGGUGAUUUUUAAUGUUCAGCAGACUGGUUUCUACAGAGUUAACUACGAUAAUUAUACUUGGGACCUUAUUGCCCUUGCUCUAAGGAGCAAUAAUAGAACGCUAAUUCACGAAUACAACAGAGCCCAGAUUGUUAAUGACGUGUUCCAAUAUGCGCGUGCCGAUAUUAUGGAUUACAGCCGCGCUUUGAAUAUACUGUCUUUCCUCCAAUAUGAGACUGAUUACGCCCCAUGGGCCGCAGCUCUAACUGGCUUUAGUUGGCUCAGGAACCGACUUCAAAGUGCUCCUACCACUACUGAGCUUAAUCAACUUAAUAAUCUUAUUGUACAAUGGGCAGCACGCGUGAUGUCAUCGCUCACUUACAAUCCUAUUCCUGGCGAGGACUUCUUACGAUCGUAUUUACGUUUCCAACUUGCUGCAUUGAUGUGUAAUUUGGGAGUGCAAGAGUGCAUUGAUGAAGCAAGAGCUCAGUUUGCAGCUCUAAGUGUCAACGGCACCCCAGUGCCAGUUGAUAACCGUAACUGGGUAUACUGUAACGGUCUUCGCCAUGGAACUGCUUUGGACUUUAAUUUCUUGUGGAAUAGGUUCCUAACCCAUAACGUGUACACUGAAAAAAUUCUGAUCCUGCAGAAUAUAGGAUGCACAAGAGAUCCUGCUUCUCUACGAACGUUGUUGAUGAAUAUUGUUGAAGACAACUUUAUCAUCCGACCUCAGGAUUAUACGUCAACCUUCAGUAACGCUGUUAAUGGCAACGAAGAAAAUACUCAGAUCGUUCUUGAGUUCAUUCAACAGAACCUAGCCCUGGUUGCAAACGCUUUCGGUGGUUCUGUCGCGACCCCCAUGUCUUACGUCCUUGCCAGAUUGAGAUCACAGGCGGCCGUCAAUAAUGCAAGAACUUGGGCAUUUAUAAACCAACAAGCUCUAGGAACUGCAUACAACAGUGUGUUGAAUAAUAUUGCUUCAGCUGAGAGUAGUAUUAACUGGGCAGUAUCAAUCCAACCAAAUCUCAGUUCAUAUUUGGUGGGCGGAGGUGAUCCCAUCGAAACAUCCACACCUGAACCUGUGACAACAGCUAACGUCAGCACCACAGAACAACCGCUCAUAACGAUGCCAGUUACACCCUCAUUGCCAACUACGCCAUCCUCUGCAACAACCAGUUUCGUCACAGCCGCAACGAUAGUAAUGGUUAUGUUAGCAAAUACCAUUUUAUAA